AUGUCUUGCUUCUGCUUCAUCGGGUCCAAAACGACUCAGACAACGAAGUCAAGCACGGCUGCCGCGGAGGACAUUGACAUCGUGUCUGAAGGAUCGCCAGCAGAGUGCUUCUCCGAGCUCCCGUUCGAACCGGAGCCCGAAGGUCAAGCAUCAGGGCUGCAGAAGCUGUUCAACGAGGCAGAGAAUCUCCAGGACAAGCUCGUUGCAGUGGUCGUGACUAUCUCCGCAGACUUCUCGUAUGAUGCGAACUUUCGGGAAGUGAAGCCCGAGACGGUCCCGGGUGAGCGAGUCAGCACCUACGCUGUAAGCUUGCACGAUGCUGCCAGGCUUCUGGAUCUUCUUUGUGGCGGGCAGGCUGCAGAGCUGGCAGAGCCUGGCUGGAGGGAGUUGCUCGAUGACAUCAACAGCGUAGCAGCAGACAGCGUAACCUUCAAUUGGGAAUGCUGUGGGGCUUGUGGUCCGCAUGGCUUCGGGCGAGGCGGCCGACGCCGAGGACAAAUUGGACCAAGUGCGACGAUGCAGCUGGUCGGCCAUGCCUUGCAAAGAGGCUUCACGGUGAUGGUCUCGGACUUUAGUCUCAAAGCUUUGCUGUCUGAGUGGUCGGAGGAGCUGCUGGGUGCAAACCCUUUCGUGAAUCUUCCGAGUUCGUGCAAUCACCAAUUCCAGCUAGACUUCUUCCCGGAGCACUUGAAGAAUGACGAAGUUCCCCAACAGCUUCAAGUCGUCGGGGAGCUGUGCGCAACGGAUGGACGGGCCGUCGUGUCAGCAAUGGGUGACACCAUCGUCUACACCAUCAAUCCGAAAAGACCGCAAACAGAUGCAUAUCAGUUGCGAGUGCUCACAGUCGUCAGCAGCUGGUCCGGCGGCGGGGGUGUUCCAGAAGCCAUGAAAUGCCAAAUCGAGCACAAUGGUUCCAGCAAGCGUGGAGUUGCAGGUCAUGUGACACUCACGUAUCCGUCGGGUGGCCAGCUCGUCACCAGCAUGGGGCAUUGGAUUGAACUAACCCGUAUCAACACCUCCGUGGAGUCACUGAUGCAGGUGGCGGCGCACAACUUCGGUGAAGAGGAAGUCUACCAGCACAGGCAGGAAUUGAGCCAGAUGCGGACCGAAACGGAACGUCAAGUAUGCCUUCAGAAACUUAGCAAGCAGAUGAUUCAAAAGUCAGUGCCAACGAGAAUGAAGGCGCGAACGAAGUAUUGA